CAGAGCUGUGGACAGGAGAGCAGUGAGAGAGGAGAGGACAUCAGAAGUAGUGUAGUGAAGCUGUAGACAAGACGGGGGAACCUCUGGAGUCAACAUCCAACGUCCAGGAACUGAAGACACACAAGACAAAGGCAACCUUGACUGUCUUUUCACGCACACUCUACCUUUCCACAGACACACACACACACACUAGCAUCUCACUUGCUUGUACACGCGUACACACGUGCAACCACAGGCACGCGCACGCAAACACAUCCAUAACUCUGCGCACACGCGCACGCGCACACACAUACACAUACACACCGGUGCAGCAACAUGUUUGAGGAGCAGGCGACCAAGGUCAAGAUCACGUCCGUGGUGAUCGUGGUGGGCAUGUCGUCGAUGCUGGCGGCGGUGGUGACUGACCACUGGGCCGUGCUCAGCCCCCGGGUGGAGAAGCUCAAUGCCACCUGCGAGGCGGCCCACUUUGGCCUCUGGAGGCUCUGCAAGAAGAGCAUCUUCAUUGUGGAGGAGGACCCUCAGGGCAAAGGCUGCGGCCCCAUCAGCUUACCUGGAGCCCAAAACUGUUCCUACUUCAAACACUUUACCUCGGGGGAAGAAGCUGAAGUUUUUGAAGUCAAGACCCAGAAAGAGUACAAUAUCUCAGCAGCAGCCAUCGCCAUCUUCAGUCUUUUCUUCAUGAUCCUGGGCACCCUCUGUGUCAUCUUCUCUUUCGGGAAGGGGCGGGACUACCUGCUCCGGCCUGCUGGGAUGUUCUUUGCCUUUGCAGGUCUUUGCAUCAUCAUUUCUGUCGAGGUAAUGCGCCAGUCUGUCAAGCGAAUGAUCGACAGUGAUGAGACCAUCUGGAUUGAAUACUACUACUCCUGGUCUUUUACCUGUGCCUGUGCCUCCUUCACCUUGCUCAUCCUCAGUGGAGGCGCCCUGCUUCUCAUCUCCAUGCCUCACAUGCCACGUAACCCCUGGGAGACCUGCAUGGACGCUGAGCCUGACACCUUGGAUUAACCACAGGUGACACAAUAGGCAUGUCUGAAACCCAGUUAAUAUGACAAAAAAGUACAAUUGAUUUUGCAUCUUUUAGCUUUUCCAAAGCAGUGAAAGGUUAAUUUCCCUCCUUCCAUGUCCAUUGGUUUCAGUUGAUGCUGGUGAAAUAUUUAAAUCAACUUGGAGACCUUGUGAAAGAAAACCAGCCACAGCAAAAACAAUGUAGUUCAUGUUGUCUCCACAUAGCUGCUAAAAGAAGGAAAUGUUUUGAAAACUCUUCCUUGUUGGUGUGUUUAGGUGCUGAGUACUAAAUAGUAACAUAGCAGACUUAAGAGUCAUCUGCAGAAAAGCACCUUUUUAAAAGCAAGAAAUUGCCAAACUCACAAUAUCUUUUUUUAAAAGGUGUAUGCGUGCUUAUGAUUUGUGUUUGGUGUCUGGUUUUGUGACUACAUAUCUCAUAAACACAUUGCUUUUCGGCAGCAGUGUCUCAAGUUUAGGAUGUUGGAGCUUUCCCCAAGCACCUGAACUCACCAAGUGGGUCCUUCUUGCAACUGCAUUAGGAAGUAAAAUUCAAUUUAAUGAAAAAAACAACUAAAUGUUCAUGUUGAUACAGCACCUGUUUGAAGCAAUGUUACAUUUUUUCCAAACUGAUUUUGGUAUUGUACUAAAUUUAACUGCUGUCAGUGGACACCGGGAGAAAGGAUCAAUCUGGAGAAUGGUAUUGCAUACUUUGGAAAGUAUAAAGUAUAAACUAUUUGUAGCAAAUUAGGUGAAACACACUGAAUCGCCCUUUAGACACUUUAUUAAACGUAUGAAGUGCCACACUUAAGGGUUUUUUCACACAUAUUACAGUGCAAUGAAUGUCAUACUGUUGGACAAUCACGUUCACAAAUAGAAUGUAAAAUUAGUAAACCUGAAAUGUCCAACUGCAGUUGAUCCUACUGUAUCUGUCAUUUUAAUGGAAGUUAAGUUAAAGUCAGAUACAGUUUUAUAUAUAGAACACGCAAGACAUGAUCAAAACUAAAGACUUAAUAAAUCUAAUUCCACAGGAAUACAAAAGACCAGUCAAAAUGAAAAAAGACUGGACUAAAACGGUACACACCAAACCAGAUAACAACAGUGAGCCAUUGCCCUGUGACGCUUUGUUUAAAGUGAAUCAAUUGUAAUGGGCUACUGCAGUUUUUUUUUCUCCAAGGACUUUCUACCAUCAGUCUGUGCCAUUGAUUGUUGAGCGAGAGACCACUUACCUGAUACUCCCUUGUUGACAUCAGCCAUUUAUUUCAGGGCAAUGUUCAAGACCCCUGAUGACUUAAGUCCAGGAGCUCUGUUCCAUAAUAUUGUCUAUUUGCUGAGCCUCUGGGUUAUGUUUACUUGUUAGAAAAUGUACUCUGCUUUAAGUGGGCAUUAUAAAAAUUAUCAAAACACCAGAAAUUUUCCUAUCCUAGCUUAGUAACAGUAAUGAGGUAGGCAGGACUAUCAAGCUAAAGAUUUCUCCAUUUGUUGGGGCAGUGUGCAUGGGGCUGUACCAUACGGCAUAGAUAAAGGGUAUCAGUGGUGGGUUCUUUUUUUAAAUGCAGCUUUAGCUUCACUCUUUUUAGCAUGUAGCCACCUGCAUAUUUAAGACACAGCUAAUGUUAGCUUAAUUAGCUAGCUACCUACAGCUGCCUGCUUUUGUCUGUCUUUGUCUGAAAAGAAGAACUGGACCAUUGUUGUGAAAAUUACUAUAAAUUUUGAAGUAAAUCCAAUUAAUUUGCAUUCGUUAUCAUUGUAAACUGUGCUGUGUGAAAAUGGAAAGCUUGAAAGGCAUAGUAACAGUAGCUAAGGGGGUGUUUUGCCACAUAAAUGUGGGUUAUGAUGCACAACAUCACCUAAAAUAUAUUAUAAACAUCCAUCAAACAUGACAUUUAGAAAAAGAUAUAGAUGUUUGUGGUACGUAUGUUCUUUAUUUGCAAUUCUGUAUUCUCUUACUUUUCUUUUGAGGCCAUAUAUGCCUAAAGCUACAAUAUUUAGGAUAGGUAUGACACAGUUUUUUUUCAUUUAAGCAUUUCCUAUGAUUAUAAAAUUAUACCUUAAAGUUUAAGGUUUUUUUCUGCUCUUUAGAUGAUGAAAACCUCAUUCAGAUUGACUUUUCUUUAAGUGACAUUUUAAUUAUUUUCAUUUUCAAAUCGUAGCUGACCUUUUCAGUUCUAGUACUGUCAAUUAAAACACCAAAUAUCAGGUUUCACCUGACAGCACUAAUUUUAAUUUGGCUCUUUUUUUCUGUAUAUUGUUAGUGAAACAGUCAUCUCCAUCUAACAUGUUAUUUUUCAGUGAGUCACUCUGGCCUGAAGUCAUUCAGUCGGUGCAGGUGCAGUGAAAUUAAAGUGACGCUGUUUCACAGGGGAACAUAAGAAGAAAUGAUUACAUUUAGCUCUCAGGUCCUUCUGAGAGGAACAUUUCCAUUUUUCUUACCACAAUCACAAAAGUUACUUGGUCAUUGUACAGGUUUUUUGUGAAAAUUGAAAAAAAACCCUGUAUGAUAUUUUAAUUAUAUUGACUAUUUUAUAUAAUCUAAAUUAUGACAUAACUCUUGCCAACAUUUUCAGCUUCACAGGAACCAGCUGUUGACCUGUAUUUUAAAUGAACAGCUGAAAAAUAAGAGCUGUUUAAUACAAUGUAUAUAAUAAAAACCUGUAGGAGUUUCAUACACAAAAUGCCCAAAUUUUUUGAGAAAAAAAAGACUCACCUAGUAUUUCUUUUAAAAAGUACACAUGAUUUGUUUUUUAUUUUAGAUUUGAAAAUGCUCUGUUUAAUGCUUUGUAUAUGUCCAUGAUUGUCUUUUUUCAAAAGAUGUAAAAUAAAAAUUGACUACU